GAGAUGUCCGCUUCACAUGUGAGCUGUGGAAGAAGAUUGCUGAGCAGAUGGGCAGUUAACUUCAAAUGACUCCACGGAAUCAUCCCGAAGCCAACGGACAGGCCGAGCAGAUGAACCGAAUUGUACAACACCUGCUGAGGCAUUAUAUCAAGCCCAGCCAGGAUGACUGGGAUGAGAAGUUGCCUCUCAUCGCCAGCCUGUACAACAACGAUGUACACAGCAGUACCGACGUUAGUCCUAACCAGCUGCACUUGGGAUGGAAGCGUAGAUCAGCUCUGGACUUCCUCCUACCUGAAAACCGACCCUCUGCAACUCCAGGCACAUUUGAGUACAGUGUGCAGUAUGAGAAGUUGCUGCAGCAAGCUGUCGAGCACAUCAAGAAAGCUCAGCAAGAAAUGAUUGCUUUUGAGAACAAACAUCGUCGACAGUCCUCAUUUCAGGCAGGGGAACGUGUCUGGGUCAAGGCUAGUGAGCUAGGACAGGAAUUCGGCAUCUCUCGCAAACUAAUGCCUCAGUAUUUUGGUCCAUGGGAAAUCCUGGAUAUAGUUGGGGAUGAGAUGGAUGGUCCUACCUAUGUUAUCCGUAUCCCUGGUCACUUAUGCACUCACCCUGUCUUUCAUGCCUCAAAGCUUGCACCUUUCGCUGAGACAGAUCAAAUUCCUUCCAGGAGAUCAAUGCUGCCCCCAACCAUGGAUGGUCAAGUGGACAUCGACGACAUUGUGGAUCACAAAGAUCUGUCUGUUCCAAAGCCGCUGGGUAGAGGAAGACCUCCAAAACCCAAGCGGGAGUAUCACGUCAGAUUCAGGCAUCAUAUGGAUCCGAAGAAAGAUCGGUGGUUUACCAGAGAGGAACUGAUUGACACAACUCCUCAAGUGGUGGCAGAUUAUGAGAGAAUGUUAAAAGGGAAGGCACCUGCGAAGUAAGCAUCUUAGCGGACUUUCGAAGCUAAAGGGGAUGGAAUGUGAGGAUUGAGCCCUCAAGAAGGGGCCUUGCCAUAAUGUACAUGUUCUGGGCUAAGGCCCCAGCAAG